AUGGCUGGGAUUCACACAUCACGUCGAGCACCAAUAAAUCACAUAUCGGCCAUCUACCGUACCGGCCUUCUUCUGGCAUCGACCCUGCUCCACGAGUUCACUCACGCUUUCGCCAUGGCAUACUUUGAAAUUCCUCAUACCCAGGAUCCUGACCAUGUUUACGAGCCUUGGGUCAGGGGUAACAGAGCUAACGAACAAGGCUGGUCUUUCGAGAACUACAUCUUUGGCGGAGUGGUGAACCCCUAUACCAUUGGGAUACCGCCCAUGAACCCUAAUUUCACGGGUUAUCUCCAAAGCGUCGCGGCACCUUUUGGCUUUUACACCCAUCAGCAGUGGGAUCUCUGGAUGCAAAACAAUGGUUAUUCUGGACACGUUAUGGAUUCGGACCGAAAAGACGAUCAGGAUUUUCCACCAGAGCGCGUGUUCCCUGUGCCACAAGCCUGGGUACACUGGCUAUAUUCUGAUGAUCUGUGGAAGGAUCAAGUACAUCGAUUUGGGCUUUCCGUGGUCAAGGUGCCCAAGUUGCAAGAGUGGGGAGUGACUUUUCGUUGUGAAGGAGAAAUUGGAGCUUACCGUACCGGAGAAGAUAGAUGGAAUACUGGGCAGGUACGUGAUUUUAAGCCAAACUGGGAUUGA